AUGGCUACUGAAGUCAUUCGGACUGAUACUCUCUACGCCUCGGACAUCGCUCCCGGACACGCGAUAAAUACCCAAAGCGUCACUGGCCAUGGCCGAGUUCACAAUGGCCACGUCUUCAUGCUAAAGCGCACUUCAACUUACAACAAGAAGGUGCAGGAUAUUUAUCCAUGGCUGACCUCUUUAUUCUUCGAAGAGACCCAUGACCGCAUCCGCAACAAUGCCAAGAUCAGAGAGCAGAACUCGAAACCCGGUUCGAGCGGCCAUUAUUCGGGGAAGUCGAUUUUGGAGUCGCCUACCUUCAAGGAGUGGCGUGCGAAGCAGAUUCGGGAGCUAUGGUAUCUUGGAAUGCCUGGCGCAGGGAAAUCCGUCAUGGCGUCCAUAAUCAUCGAAAGUUUGUCAGAACACCAAAGGGACUGCAAAGAUGACCCAGGCAGUACAAGGGUUGCCUACAUGUACCUGAAUUACAAAGAGCCGUAUGCCUUGGAAGAGUUACUUGGGAGCAUUAUCAGACAAAUCAUCAUAGAUGAUCAAGAGCACCCAUCCCCCUUGGUUGAACUCUGGAAGCACUGUAAUUAUGGUAAGAAUAGGCCGCCAUUGACAGGGCUGAUAAAGGUGCUGAAACAGUUAUUACUCGAUCGGCCUGCUUAUAUUGUCAUCGACGCCUUGGACGAGUACCCGCUUGAAAAGCGCAGAGACCUUAUGAACAAGUUGGGAGAAUUUGAAAAUAUUUAUAUUCUGGUCACGUCCCGAAUGUUGCCCGAGUGGCAGGGCAUGGAAAGCACCUGUACCCAGGCCAAGCUUGAGGCAGAUCCGAAGGAUCUAGAUCUUUUUGUCGAGCACGAGUUCCAAGAAAGCCGCUUAGUACAGUUCGAAAAAUCCCGAGCCGGACUGCGUGAUGAGAUUAAGGUCGCUGUGAAAACCGCCUGUGCCGGAAUGUUCCUUCUUGCCAGCCUACUGAUGCGUUCGAUAACGAACCAAGCCACGCUGGCCCAUGUAGCUCAGUUGAUCAAAAAACUGCCUACGAGUAUCGAUGACAUGUAUCAACACACGCUGGACCGGAUGAAACAAUUAGAAGCGCAAAAACGGGAGUUGGCGUUCGAUACCAUAUCAUGGGUUGUGUUCAGCCACCGCUCCUUAACGGUUCCAGAACUUCAGCAUUGCAUGGCUGUGGAUUGUGAUACUGAGAAGUUCGACAAGAAUAAAAUGUAUGGGAAGGAAAUGAUUCGGGAGGUUUGUGGUGGCCUCGUGACCGUAAGCAAUGAUGUCGUUGUCCUCGCUCACUACACUGCACAAGAGUUUUUUGCACGAAAGCGCGAUGAGCUGUUUCCUGGGUUUACUACCAAAGCUGCCCGCACCUGCAUCUCCUAUCUCUCCCUCCAGGUAUUGGAGGAGCGGGAGGAGGUACAAAACCAGCAAGUAUACGCAGGCAAUGGUCUCGUACCUGACUGGAUUUUCAAAGACCCGAGCUCUGGCAACCAAGCUAGACUCUCCUACAGUCAGAAGCGAGCAAAAUUUCCAUUUUUAAGAUACGCCGCACCGUACCUCGCCCGUCACCUGCAAGAUUUGGGAGACGUGUCACCCUCGGACGAUAUCCUGCGGCGCUUACAAAAACUGCUCCAAGACCAACCGAAGAAAGACUUCCUCGUCCGGGUCAUGUCAGACAUUCACUCUUCUAACGAGAAUUCUGUGUCUCUUGAAAGCUCAGUCGAGUACAAUGGACACCAAGAAUCCUAUCCAGACCCUGGCGAGCGUUUCAUGGAAUGGGUUGAAACACGACCAAGUAUAUGCCAAACGCCAUCAUUCCUGGACGAAGAUCACCAUUUCAAUUUUGAUUCAAAGGAAGAAGUUCAUAUCCCGGGAUCGGCCAAUCAGAAUGGGGGGAUCCCACAAUCACAUUUGGGUCCGGUGUUGGGAAACCCGAAGAGCGUGGGUGAGACGACUGCAAUGCAUCUUGCCGCUUCUCUGGGUUGGGCUCCCAUUGUUCGAUUUCUUCUCAAUCACCCCACAGAAAGAUACAAUAUAAGUGCCAUCAACACCAGUGGGCAGACUCCGCUAAGACUCGCAGUUACCAGGCGAUAUUGGAAGAUUGUCUCGACGCUUCUCGAUCAUGGAGCUUCGGUGGAUCUUCUGUCCGAUGAGGGUCACGCUGUGCUGUUGCAUACAGCACAAAAGGACCAGCAGAGUAUUGUUCAAAGGCUGGUUUCUGGCUCACUGGACCGUGUUCUAUGCAGUCUUUCUUGUAUCACAUUUGUUGAAUAUACCGUGGCUGCUAUUCUUCACCUCAUUCUAGAGGUAUUGUUUCUGGUCAGCGGCUACUUUCCUACGCAAGACCAACUGCGGCAUUUUGAGCGGAAGUGGGUACACAUGGCAUUCAGUCUUUUCACGGACAACAGGAAAAAGGAUAUACAACUCGUUGCGAAUCUCCGGCUUCUCAUGGCGACCUGGAUGGGAGACUGCAUAACCAUCAGGCAACUAAUAUCGGAUGGCAUGGUGUGUUUCAACGCAGAAUGCUCCACGUUUCACAAAACUGCGCUAUUUCUGGCGGUCGAGCUCAAUAACACAGAUGUGGUAGCAGAAAUGCUUGAUCAUGGAGCAAAUGUCAACCUGAGAGGUCUAGGCAACUGUACACUGCUUCACCGCGCAACAUUCAGGAACAAUACCAGGAUGGUCCAGAUGCUUAUCGACCAUAAAGCAGCCGUGGAUUCAAAAGAUGAUGCAGGAAAGACGGCAUGGUCUGCAAAUUUGGAUAAGAAUCAUGCCGGCGUGUUGAAAAUCCUUCUGGAAGCCGGUGCUGACCCAAACACAAAGAUGAAACAAGGAGAAACAAGACUCUACUCAGCCGCUGCAGCUGGCGAAGUCGCAGAGGUUGAUUUCCUCCUCCGGCAAGGCGUCAAUCCAUCCAUCAGGACUGACUUCGGCUGGGCACCUUUGCACUGGGCGGCCUACCAUGGCUUCCUUGGCUGCGUCCAAGCACUGAUUAGAGCCAAAGCUGAGCUGAGUCCAAUUUCCGAUCAAUCAAAAACACCUCUAGACUUGACAUUGGAGAACAAUAAAGACAGCGUGGCGAAAGUCCUUCGUGACGCCGGUGCAAAGACAGCCAGGGAGGUCCUGGCUGAAUUGGGCGACCAUGCUAAUCCUUACUGGGGGUGGAAUUACGGCGGUGACGAUUAUUAUGGCUGGGAUAGUGACGAUGAGAAUCUGGGCGGCAAUUAUAUGUAG